CUAAGCUGCAUAUUGGGUCGGAUGUGACCUCAAAAGUUCAUGUAGGUGAGCAGAAAGACAACAAGGAUGCCCCGUUUCGCGUGCGUCGUAAUAAGAUGCUAAUAACUUUGUGCUACGUCUACUUGUGGGUGCGCUUCCACAAGUGCUACUCGGCGCUUAUUCGCAACGGUCUGUCCCGGCUGAACAGCAGCAGCUUCAGCUUCAGCGUCUGCUCCUGCUCGGCCUCGGAACCGGCCGCGACACCGCCGACUGGACGCCACGCAGCCGGACGUCGGCACCACAGCUUGCUUCCACUCGAUGACAACGUCUUUCUCCAGCUGGGAAACAAGGCGGUCUAUGUCACGGAGCCUCAGGCAUGUGAUGACCUUAGCAAAUGGACUCUUCUUUUCGGGUCCUCUCUGGUUUGUGGCCCACGAAUAGAGAAUAUUUCAUUCAUCAUAGAAGCGACAGGAAACAGAGUGGGCUACCCUUCUCCUCACACAUCGAAUAAGAAAGUCCUGAAGUGGUCUGACUACUGCCUACCUCUGGCUCGUAGCCCUGGCCAGCCAUUCAGGGCAGUGGCUCAGGCCAGUGUAGAUAACUUCAGUCGGCUUGGUGUAGCUUUUAUUGAAGAUCGCCUUCAGCUGGACAAUGGACUCAUGCCUUCAAAGAUAGUCCCUGUCCUGCUUCAUGAAUCCACUCUCAGUGAGCUGCUGGAGAAGCAGUGUCCACAGAGGCCAAAGACUUUGACGUCACUAUUUCUCGGCAGCAGCCAAAAUGAAAAGGUUUUCCCUGGGCUAUUACCGCACCACCUGCCAGCUGACCACCAGCACGUGCAGUGCCGUAAAGGAAGCCUUCUCCUCAUCCCGGAAGUAAAGAGGAGUCUAGAGGAGCGACGGGGAUCAGAGCCACUUCUCAAUACGAAGGAUCUUGGACCUGUUAGUGACUUGGGGGAACAUUGCUCGGAGAAUCAUCACCACAUGGAGGGCCAUGGUCACCACCUUCAUCUGUCCAGCUGCCAUGAAUGUUUGGAACUGGAGAACAGCACCAUUCUUUCUGUCAAAUAUGCCUCUGUUGAGAACAUUCCAGACCUCCCUGAUGAUAAAUCAGUAGGACUGGAUAGUGGGGAUGAGUGUCUGGAGGAACUUGAACAUGAUGCUCAAGUGUCUUCUGGCCAAAGCGGUGGACUUGACUGUAAUAGCAAACCGCCAAAUGUUCUUGUGUACACAGGUGGUUGCCAGGAGCGUUAUCAGGUAGUUCAUCAGCUUUUAUCAGAGUGUAUAAACAUGGAAAACAACAUAAUAUAUCCCCUCCAGCCUCAACAGGCAUUGAAUGACCCUUGGCUGGAAAACACCAGGCUCCUGGUACUGGCUGAAGAGGAAACCCUAAGCCCCCAGCUUCAGACGCGCUUUCUCACCUACCUAAGCCAGGGUGGCAAGGUCCUAGGACUAGCUUCCACCCUGUGCCCUGCAGGCCUCUGUCUGGAAGUUAGGGAGAGGCAACAUAUGCAGGUCAGCAGACUGAGCUUCACCAGAGAAGACAGCACAGAGUUGGAACUGAGCAUGCUGGCGAGUGGGAAGGUUUAUAUCAGGGAUACUCAGGGAGGGGGGGAAGUGGAGCUCUGGGGGGAGCUGAAAGGAAACGUCCCACAUCAGAGGGAUAUGGUUAUCGUCAGGGUAACCCAUGGGGAUGACGGAGAAGCUGUCCUUUGUCAGGUCCACUUUGAAAUUGCAGCUGACUGUCAGAAUUUGACAUCAGAAGGUUUUGAUAAAGUAAAGCUCAGCAACGCCCUGCGCUAUGAAGUGUUGACAGAGAUCCUCACUUCUCUGGGUCUCAACUGUGAACUCAACCAGACUCCAACACCGAGCCCAGUAUACCUGCUGGCCACGUCUCAGGAGGCUAAGACCAACUGCCUGAAGUGGCUGCAGAAACAUGCAAACGUCGAUGGCGUCCUUACUAAAUCCAAGAGCUCUCUUCGGAUGGUAUCCACUUCAGAAUUCCAGGAUGGUUCUUUGCUUCCUGAGGGCUCACUGGCCCUGGUCACUGACUCUUCAGACUCCCAGAGCUGGCCGCAGUUCAGUAUGGAGACCUACCGGAAGAACCUGAAGACCAGCCUUCUAGGCCACACCGUGCUGUUUGCUGAGAUCGUCACUUCGACCAUGGACCUGUUUGAAGGGCUGACUGUCCACAUUCCAAAAGAUGUGGGUUUAAUAGCAGUAGCAGCUCAACAAUGCCAGGGAAAAGGUCGUGGCAGGAAUGUCUGGCUCAGCCCUUUGGGUUGUGCCAUGUUCACUCUGAGGGUCCAGGUCGAGCUGAGCUCCACACUUGGACAGAGGAUUCCCUUCGUGCAGCAUCUGGCAGCUCUAGCCGUCGUGGAGGCCGUUCGCACACUUCCAGGAUACCAGGACAUAGAUCUGCGGGUGAAGUGGCCCAAUGACAUCUACUACAGUAACUUGAUGAAGCUUGGGGGAGUCCUGGUGACUUCCACUGUAAUAGGAUCAACUUUUCAUCUACUAAUAGGUUGUGGGUUUAAUGUGACAAACAGCAAUCCAACUGUGUGCAUCAAUGACCUGAUCAGGCGGUACAACAUACAGCAUGACUGCAGCCUGGAGCCGCUUAGCUGCGACCAGCUCAUUGCUCGAACUGUCAAUUGCCUGGACGCCCUGAUCACCAGCUUCCAACUGGGUGGCCCAGACGCUGUCCUCCCCACCUACUAUAAGAGAUGGCUUCACAGCGGAUCUCAGGUGCGGCUGUGGACCGAGGACGGCCUGGAGGCUCAGGUGGUGGGUCUGGACCAAUAUGGCUUCCUUCAAGUGCACAGCAAGGACCAGGGAUUGGUCUCAGUAGAGCCUGAUGGAAACUCAUUUGACAUGCUGAAGAACUUGCUCAUCAUCAAGCAGCAUUAGGACCAAAGUCAACCAAGUACCGAAUCACCAUCUGUUUCAACAUACUGAAUCCACAACUUCAUGUAACUAUAUAAUAUAUGUCCAGGUUUUCUAACUGACUGAUAUGUCACUAAAUCGGUUACAUGUAUUAGUCAGAUUAUUGUUUAGCUUCUUCAUAUGUUAACCUGACCUACAUUUAAAGUGGUUGGUUGAUGAAUUAAAUGAAAAGUAGCUACAUAUAGUGACAUCUUCAACAGUGAUGGGUCAAUGCCAUGUUAAGCACGAGCGUAUUUAAGACUCGCUGGUUUUGAAUCACAAAAUAAUCCCAGUUUCUUACAGCUUAUACUAAUUUCUGGAAAGAAUAUAUCUUGUACCCCUUAUCUAAUUUGAUAUCAGGGUUACAUAAGAGAAGUGACCAAUUGCAGCUUGUGCUGGUGCUACUUUAAGCAAAGUAAAGAUUUCUGCAGAAGUUUGUUGUUCAUGUCUUUUUUCUCACCUUUUCCUGGACAUGAGCAGAGCUGGUUCCACAAUUCUGAUUAUUUAAGAAAAAAUAUAGAAAGAUACAGAAGUCUUUGGGAGUGUCCUGGAUGGACGAACACAAAGAUUGUCACUCACAAUGUGUGGAAGUUUGUUUACAUCUCAUAGUAAACCUAGCAUAUUAGUAAAUAGUAAUUUUCUCUGAAAGCAAUGACUUUAAGAUGCAGUGUCAUAUAUCAUUAAAGACUGUUGAACAGACACAA